AUGUCCCAAUCUCUCGUGUCCCAUCCGUCAUGUCGUCCCGGCUUCAUCCCCGGAUUCCUCCACGUUGAGAUCCAGCAUCCUUCCGUGUCUCUUGAGAGUACGAAAUACUAA